CAGUGUAUGCCCACUUACAUAACAGUGGACACCUUAGUCUGGGUUAUAKAGAUGACUCAUACAUUCAGGGAGACACAUUUGAUGAGUGCAUGAGUAAUGUGAAGGACACAGUUAUGUUGUUUAAAAAACUUGGGUUUCAGAUUCAUCCUUUAAAGUCUGUUAUAAUCCCAAASCAAAGCUUAACCUUUUUAGGUUUCAUACUUGAUUCACAAACUAUGAAAGUGUCACCAACGAGAGAAAAAGKCGUUAAAACUGUGAGGGUGUGUACUAAUUUACUUCAUAAAUCACAACCAACCAUCUCAGAGGUUGCAGAAGUCAUAGGCACUUUAGUAUCAAAUUUUCCUGGUGUACAAUUUGGACCGCUCUAUUACAGAUCACUGGAGCAAGACAAAACUAAUGYACUUGUUUGCAGUAAGGGUAAUUAUAAUGCUCAUAUGCAACUAUCACCGAGAUCAGUUAUUGAGCUAGAAUGGUGGAUUACCAACAUGCCAAAGGCACACAAAACCAUACUGACCCCUAAGCCAAGUAUCCAUUUACAGACCGAUGCUUCAAAACAAGGGUGGGGGGCAGUGUAUGGCGAUCACCAGACUGGGGGGAGAUGGACUACCCAGGAAGCUACCCAACACAUUAACAUUUUAGAGCUUCAAGCCGUGUUUUUUGCAUUAAAAUCUUUUUGUUCGCAUACUCGUGACAAACAUAUACGAGUUGAAAUCGAUAACACAACAGCUGUCUCGUAUGUUAACAACAUGGGUGGGUCUAAAUCACCUCAGCUAAAUGACCUUGCUAUUGAAAUAUGGCAUUGGUGUAUAACUCAAAAUAACUGGAUUUCUGCAGUACAUAUUGCAGGAAAGUUAAAUGUAGAUGCAGAUUGUAAAUCUCAGUCUUGGCAUGAUUGCAUCGAAAGUAAGACAGUUAUACCAGCUCACCUUAUCCGUAUUGACGAAGAUGAUGGCACAACUCGAUUGGCUACUGAUUUUUUAACAAAUAUGCCCAUUCUCAUCACUGAAAGAUCCACCAACACAYAAAAUCCAAGAUCACACAAUAGAGAAACUACACAAGAACAAGAGCCCAAUAAUGAUAAUGAUUAUGAAGAUGAGGUUUUAGAUUUGUACCCAAAGCAUGAUGAAAACAUCAACUUCGAAGACAAYAUGUUACCAUUAGCAUCAACUGAGAAUGAUGAUUGCACUCAAACUGUGCAGCAAACCAAUAGUCGAUCAAGUGGUCAUGAAAAAAACAAUGCUGAGGGAAUACAAGGGAAUUCACAUAAUUUAAAAGGACAAGUUACUGAACAUACUUUUAAAAAUAAUGGGAAAUUACAAACUUGUCUUGGGAAAGCAGUAGCAGUUAUCCUUGGUCAGACACCAGAGGUUUAA